AGGAGGGGAUGGUCAUGGAAGCCAAAAGUGUGGUUGAGAUGAUGAUUCAAAGACAGAUUCAACCUAAUUUGGUUACAUACAAUUCGCUUAUGGACGGUUAUUGUUUGAGAGGAGAGAUGGACGAGGCCAAAAAUGUCUUUGAUCUAAUGAUUAGCAAGGGCUCCAUGGUUAAUGUUCAGAGUUGCAACAUAUUGAUAAACGGGUAUUGUAAGCACAAAAAGAUCGAUGAGGCCAAGAAUAUUUUUCAGGAAAUGCAUCUUAUGGAGCUUGUUCCUAAUACCAUUACUUAUAACACUCUUAUCGAUGGUUUUGGCAAAGCGGGGAGAAUAAAAGAAGCAGAAAAGCUGUUCUCUCAGAUGCAAGGUUGUGGUCAACUUCCUGAUGUUCAAACUUACACUGUUAUACUUGAUGCCCUAUGUAGCAACCAAAAACUUUCCAAGGCAAUAGAAUUGCUUAGAGAGAUGAAGGACAAGAAGUUGGAAUUAAAUAUUGUAAUUUACAAUAUCAUUAUUGAAGGUUUGUGCAAAGCUGGAGAAGUUCAGUCUGCAAAAGAUGUCUUCUGUGGUUUAUCAUCACAAGGAGUUCAGCCUGAUGUAAGGACAUAUACGAUAAUGAUUAGUGGACUUUGCAAAUGAGGCCUAUUAAGUGAAGCAGAAAAUUUGCUUAAAGGAAUGGAACAAAAAGGCUGUUCUCCGAAUGAUUGUACCUAUAACACAAUUAUCCGAGGUUUUAUCAAUAACAAUGAGACAUCAAGGGGUAUGGUUCUUAUUCAAGAAAUGCUUGAGAGGGGUUUCUCUGCAGAUGCAUCAACUAUGGAAUUGAUUGUUGAUUUAUUGUCGAAGGAUACAGUAGCCCCUGAAUUAUUAGCAUUGCUUAAAGAUUCAGUCUGAAGUUAGUCGAACAUUUGAGAUAAAUCUUAUUCAGUACUGCUAGGAAAUUCAAAACUGCUGCAGUGCUGCUCCUUUAGGAACCUUGGAUGUUCUGUCAAUCCUGUUUGUAAGUCCAUUAUUGAAACACAAUGUCAAUCCCUUGUUGCACUCCAAUUUUGGACACAUUUUUUUUCUAUAUCAUUACAUUUGUGUACAU